AUGGCGGAGUACGGUCUGUAUGGAGCAAUGGUACGACACUCUCUGCCUCUUCCAGAAACCAUCCUCAAGGCCUGCGCACAGCCGGACGAGGAGUCAAGUCCCUCUUGGCUGCUGGGUAAGUAUGAACUUACAGCAAUACUGAUCCAGAAUGCGCUUUGAAUGACUUGUAGCACCGAUUUUUCAUAGACGCCUUUCAACUGUUCCACAAUAAUUUCUACUUACCAGGUUGGCAGAACAAAGUGGUGCAUUGAGGGUGACGGCGGCAUACAUAAAUACAUUUACUGGGUAAACCAGCAGAGAUAUCAAAAAGGGCAAAGUUUUGACCACAUCCGGCCUGCCUUGCUCACGUUCAUGAUUACAAGUACAUGUUCGGCGCAAGUGUCGGUAAGGUAAAAGAAAACAUUCAAAAGGUCUUAUGGAAUGUCAGUGAGGAUGAGAGCAAUGGCGACGAGGAAGAGGACUAAAUAAACCUUCAAAACUUCAAAGGUUAUCGUUUGGUUUUAGUCUUCGCCAGUUCUUUUAUUUGUACGGAUGGAACUUAGGACUUGUUCAGGGGGCAAAACAGAGGCCAGAGUUAGGAUGAGAGUUAGAAUUUCGGUUUAAGCCAGGACUACAACUGGGGUUAGGGUCGGGCUUAAUAUUAAGAAAUUAAUUAGAGUUGGUGUUAGGGUUACGGGUAGGUUCAGCGGCAGAAUUAAGAUAGGGUAUGGUUUGGGUGAUUAGUUUUAGAGCUGACGCUUUGAUAUUGAUUAUGAUUAGGUUAUCCAUGGCACUAAUCAUAGCCUUGACUGUAACACCAGUUACUCAGCCCUUAUUGUAACCCCAUAGCCAAACCCACUACGAAUUCAACCUUAAUAUUGACACUUGCCCUAACCAUAAAUUUGAGUUCGACUCUAACCUCAUUCGUUAUUCUAACCGGAAAUUAGCCCUAAAGCGUCCAACCCACAGCAAUCGAGAAAGUAAUAGGUGCUUCGGCAGAUUUUGAAUAAGUCAUUCUGACCAACCUGUAAAAACUCAGCCACUUGGGUGGAUUCGAGCCUACGACAUCAAGGGGAAGGCUUGAGUACAGACAACGCUCUUGACACUCGUGCUACUAGGCCCCACCGGCAGCCGUGAGUUUAAUCACGUUGCAGUAGGCUGAACGGGUGAUCUGGCCAAAGCGGGAUUAAACGCAUGGCUCCCAGUGGGAUCUUGAGACCCAGGUGGCUGGAGUGUUGGCUGUACUCAAGCCUUCCCCUUGCUGUCGCGAUUUCAAGUCCUACCUGGGUCGUAGUUUUUCGCUGGUUAAAAAUGUAUAAAUUACAGCUACUUUAGUGAAACAAGUAGCGAAUCACAGAGCAAUUAUGGGGAUGCUUCUAAGACUGCAUCUUCCUGAAGCAAAAAGUUGAACCGUCAUUAAAAUCGUGCGGCCUUAUUAACGGAAAAGAAUAAAAGCCCAAAAGAACCUUUUUACAAAAGCCGAAAGCACGCGUUCGGAUGGCUACCUGGGCAAAAUUAUUAGCUGAGAAAGAUGUGCAAGAUAAGAAAGAGGAGCCGACUGCCUGCGGCUCAGUGCCCUCCAUCGUGACCAUUACUCCUGCUAUCCAAGAAGCCGCUAUAUCAGUUUGGGCAAAGUUAGUGCUUAUACCUUAACAUAUUAUUAAUAGCGACCUAAGUCACAUCUAAGUGCAGUGAAUUUGUUUGAUUUCGAGGUUUCGCCGCCGUGGGCGUAGCUGGACAUGCACAAAACUAUUUCCCCUUUAGCUGAUGUCAAGCAGCAGUGGUGUUUUUAAGAAGCGAUAGUCAUGAGGAAAGUCCGAGUCAAGUUAGUAAUGUUCUCUAGAAUUGGAAGUGAAUAUAUCCAGUUCAGCCUCUACAGAGCAUCUUUCCAGAGAAAGUGUUCGUUGGUAGUUUCAGCAAUGCUGCAAGUUUGCGGGCGUUGUUGUAUCAAACGUAAAUUCUGAUUAUAAAUGACUCCGCGCGGUUAUACCACUUUCUCCCAUUUCGUCCUCUUUCCCCUGAAAUUCUAUCAUGUCACCUAAUCCUUUACUUAUGUCUAUUCUAUGAGACCAUACUGCUUCUUUUCUCCUUUUCUACCUUGACCAAGUUCGCAUCAGGCUUGUAACAAUCCCUACCAAAAUUUAAUAUGUACAGCUAAGACACAAGGCAAUCCGUUAUCUUCAAUACAGUUGUCAGAGUUUUGUAGACAAAAUUUCAUUUGGCAUUGCCAAAUGUACAAGCUUAACUAGAAUGGAUAAAUUACUCGAUUCUGAAGGUCCUUGAGGACAUGCUGCAACCAAGAGCGAAGGAAUUGCUUUGACCGAAAAAAUUAUGACGGACCCUCAUUACCUUCUGCAGUAAAGAUGCACCAGUUACUAGCGUCUCAGUAUUCAUCAUGAUGUCAAAACAAACACUUUGCAAAGGGGUAUAUCAGCAUGUUGCUGCUCUUUUAAAGUUUCACUAGUCAAUCCGAGGUUGUCGGUUCGGCACUACACGGCGCGUUACACCCGGGCUGCAAACUGGCACAAAAACCUGCCCGCACUAGCGCCUACCGACGUAGGAAUUUAGUGCGAGGGCAAAAAGUCCUUAAAGGCAAACGAUAGUCUUACUUUACUUUGUGCCUUAAACAAAGUAGAAGAACAGGCUUGUGGCUCAGGACCACAACUUAAGACCAGACCCAUGUCAUAUGUUCUAUACUUAUGAUCAAAAUCGUCGUGUGAGUGGCGAAACAAAGAGGUCUUUGGAACGGAAAGAUAUUCAGCAAAGAAUAGAACGAACAAAAAAUCGACCAGAAACAUUAGACACUUUUAAUCUAGUAGAUGCUUCUUAAAUUGAUGACGGCCUCAGAGAUAAGAAAGAAAGUAUUUUGACAUUUAGCCCCUAAAAACUGAUUUUUUAACCAUUCAUGUAGACGUCAGUAGAGCUUCUCCCUCGCUAAUUUCAGGCAUGCAUCGGAAGUCGGAGCGAUGCAGGCUUCCAACUGAGCAGUCAAGAAAUGUAACACAUGUUCCCCUGGAAUAUGAACAUGAAAGACAAAUGGCGGUCCCUAAAUCUUCGUCAGCCAGCGUGGCAAAACCCCUAGACAGACAAAAUUUGGAGGAGGACUCGAAACCGAAUAACCGACUUGAGAGGAAAAAGGAAGACGCACCCUCGAAAUAGGACUGAAAAUCGCAUUUAAAAUUGACACCACCGGUAUUGUUUUUAUAUCAGAAAACGAGCCGCUAUUUUCGGCUCUAUAUUUUUCGUAUUGUUAUCAACCAUAAUGCAUGAGUUAGAACCGUGGUAUCUUUUUGUAAGUUUACCAAGUUUAUAUGAGGUCUGCCUACAAAUUCAGGCUUUCUCAUUCCGAACGUGAGGCCUGUUUCCAAAGAAUUAUGUUUUUUUGUAAUAAUCGGGCCCUUUGGGGAAAAAUUAACUGCUAAACACCGAGCUAAAAUAGAACUUUUUCUGCAAAUUUUGGGUUUUCUAAAACCCGAUAAAAGAAAAACGCAACUGGUGCAAAACAUAUCUCCGCCCUGACAAGGAAACAGUUUUUACCUCCUAUUGCCCAUUUCGCUAAAACGUGAGUUCUACCCCCAUUAACAGUAGGGGAAAGAAACAUGGAAUUUCGUUAGAACUAUUCUUUAAAAAAGCAGGGCUGUUCAGAAACAUAAAAAACGUACUAUCUACCCUGAUCGUAGGCUCCCCUAUAGACACCCCUGGUACCAGAAUUGGGAAGUGAGGCAGGGAAAAAUGUCAGCAUUAGUCAACAUGUGUCAAAAAUUUCUAGCUAACACGACAAAGAGUUAUAGGAUGGAUCAUGCCUCUAAAACGAGCUACGCGGUAGAUGCACUGGACCAACACGAGGGCUAGGUGUGAGUCCGGCAGGCGUUACCUGGAGUAUGCAGAAUGAUAUUACCUGGAGUGCAUACCCACAACAAAUGCCAACAUUCGGGGGGCGGUGGCAGGCCCAGUUGAAGGCUCAAGCCUCGACAGUUAAGAUCCAUGCCGUCCCCUACUUUUGUUGUUGUUGAAAAUCUUGGUUAAGUGUUUGUCGUGGACCAGAGGGUGUGGUAGUAAGCCCAGGUGCGAGUUUACGUCAUGCCAGCCACCUGCGGCAUCCCCUGCGUCUGUUCUUCUCGACUUGGUCAUGACACCGGGUCCAGGUGGGAGAUGAGGAGAGAAUGCGGUAGUUGCCGCGCAAGUCUGCUAUCACUAUAAACUAAUUCACGCCUAAGUCACCGUCCCUGCUCCCAUCCUGCUGUGGAGCAGACAGUAGACAGUCGAACCGUCUAUAGGAUGGAUCACCGGGACCAACUUUGCACGCUUGUCUGGAGGAAGCUCCAACCUAUUCAGGACUUAGAUUUAUCCGAGAAGAAUUGUCGACAAAAAUGAAAACGGGAAUAACCUGCCAUACUCCAGGUACUUCUAGACUAUUUUGUCUGUUUCGCUUACGCGGCUUGGCCAUUGCUUGUCGCUGUGCCACGACCAGAGAUUGCCCCAGAUACAAGUAAAGAAGACAAACGGAAAAUCAGUCUUAAAUCCAACACUGAGGCCGAACCAUUUAAUAUUGCCCUCACAAGGGUCGCGCUGUCUGCUGGUCUUGCAUUUCCGUGCACCCAUUCGAUCGAUAGUAAUCCCAUGAGAAAGUUAAGUACGUCACCAGUGCACGAACGAAUGGGCUAGACAGAAAAUGCGUGGGCGUUCACUGGCGUGACCCUAUCGUAGCUCCUUCUUUUCACCUCUCGGCGCCAUAUAUGUAUGCCGGAAGCAUAGGUUCUAAUGAGCCGUCUUCGGAAUUCACACGUCCCAUUGCCUGCAUGUAUGGGAGACAGGCGAAUCCCACUGCCAUCGACUUUGGGACCUCCAUAAGAACUUUCUGGCGUUCAGGAAACGACCUUCUGAUACAUAGACCGUAGCAACCAAACAAAGACCAACACCGGUGCAGACUGCGCCGGCGGCAAUCGCGGCUAAUCGCGACGAAUAAUAGCUUUCAUAGCAUUUACAAUGCGCAACUGUCGAGCUUGUGAUUCUGCUUUUAACAAACCGACAAACUUAAAGCAAGCUCUGCCGUGUGCGGAUUUUUGGGUUCGACAACGAAAUUGAUAUGACUAUUUGAGUAGCAUUCUGUCGACUUCUGCGAAAUAACCCCCUGUAUUAUAGGGGGCCUCGUACUAAAUUCCAAGGCGGGGGGAGGGGGGCGGAAUUGCUAUUCCUGUGUCCUAGCUGUAACCCAAACGACAGUUUGACUGUCGGUUUCGCUGAUGCCCACCGUGAGCACCACAGCAAGAUGAGAGCAUGAACGGUGACUUGCUCGUGAGUUCAUUUGAAAUGAUAGUAGGCUCUCGCCGCAUCUGCCUCUCUCUCUCCCUCUCUCUCUCUCUCUCCUGUCCCUAACUGGAUCCGGUAUAGAGCCAGAGUCCAGAAAAUCAGAGGCAGGAGAGGAUGGAGGUGGCUGGCACAGUGUAAACACGCACCGGCUUCUUGUGUCUACUCCUCACGCUGUUAUUCGAUCCACCAACAAGGGCACGUAACUUUCAAAACAACAUCCCAUCGCGUAAUUGUAAACCCUCGAAUCAACUCUUACGCCGAUCGUAACAAAUAAGUAUAACCGUAGCACUAACUCAUAGACUUCUAGACUGGAACAGUAAAUCCCAAAAAUAAGUCAAAUAAUGACAGCGAAAGGGGGAACGGCUCGGAUCCCACCGAGUGGAGGCCGCAUGAAGAAGGAGCCAUCGCAGCAUGACUCUCAGUCCACCAGUCCGCCAAACCGCCCAAACACACAACACUGGACUGACUGGGAGGUUCACGUUAUCUCGUCAGUUGGCAGUUUUCCAAUCCGCGGCUUUUAGCGCACUGUGAUGGCCUCAAGCGCGUCAGAUUGUUUAUAGUAAGAAAAAUGUUCUGAGUUGUCGACUUCACUCUCUAUUCCCAUUCCCAGGCCCCAGCCACUGUCCAUGCAGGUCAGUUGUCUGGUGCGGGGAAUAGACUGGUGACUGACAGAGCCAAAGAGCUCGUCUGCGCGCGCCGCCUACACGAACUGGCCCCCUAACGGAAGCACCGGAAUUUCACACAACAGGGGAUGGGCAGCGUGAAUCUCACAUGCGUGAGAGUGCCAGGAGUCACGUUAAGAAGGAGCCGUUGUAGCCUGACUCUCAGUCCACCAGCCCGCAACUUCACACAAACACAACGGAGCAGACUGCUUGGUCUGAGUUGGGACGUCAGUCAGCAACCUUCCGAGUCAGGGCUCUUGGCGUACUGUGAUAGUCACAGGCUGGGACCAUACAUGACGCAGAGGAGCCACAUGGAGAAGGAGCCGAGAAGUACACUUACGUAAGCGAUGCCAUUUGAGUGCUUCGCGUUGUGUGGUGAGGGGUGAUGUUGAUGUGUUUUGCAGGUACUGGUGGGGAAAGGCGUGAGGGUUAAGUAUAGCCGGCGUUUGUCUACCACAGGUUUUCAUGAAUGCCCGUAUGGCCUAAUAGGCCCGUGCGCUGACUGAAUGUGGGGGAGGGAGGAUGUGGGCAGCUGAGUUGAGUGCGUUUGGUGUGUAUGCGUGCUCCAGGCACUAGUUUGCCAGUCUCCGUGCGAUUGACUUGCAGGUGGCCGACCAGGCCGAUGUGUGAGCCGAAGGUGCGAUGGCAAUGAGGACAGUUAUAAACCGAGUCCACAUUGUUGGAGGUGGGGAUGUUAGUGAUGUUCGAAGUUGAUAAGACAUCGGACGUCGUCUCAUCCGUGGGGAAGUGCGAGAGGUCGUGGUGUUGGCGGAGCUGGUCGCUGUGAUCAGCGCAGGUGUUGGGGAAAGGCGGUUGGUGUCUGAUUGCGAGGUCCAAAUUGUCCCAUCACUUGACAACUUUUCAAGCCACGGCUCCUAGUGCACUGUGAUAACCUCAUGCGUGUCUAAAUUCUUUAUAAUGAGGGAGGUGCGCAGAAUUGUCGGCCUCACUCUCUAUUCCCUGUCCCCAGCUACCUCCCGAGCCGGUCAGUUGUCUGUUGCGGAAAUGGGCGCAGUGGCUGAUAUAACUACUGAUCAAGUAUGCACGUGCCACAUACACGUCCUGGCCUCUCAUACGCACACAACAGGAUUUCACACGCAAGGAGGUAGAACGCUUGGGUCUCACAUGCAACGGAAGAGCCCCAUGGAGAGAGGAGCCGAAAUUUAACCCCCAAACUUACACUAACGCUAACCCUAACUCCACCUGGAAGUUCGGGUAAUGCUACCUGAAGUAAGAGGGAUCCAUAUUCCCUUGCCCAGCAGGGCGCAAUUACACUAGAACUAUGGAGCUUUGCGACCCAGACAACGCCUCAUCUAUUUCAUUGGAUUAGGACUAGGCAAUCGCGAGGGGACAAGUUCAUAAGUAGAUGCUUCCUCCUGAAGGAGGAGGAGGAGGAGGAGGGGACAGUCUUCGGGAUUAAAUGGAAGGAAAUACAGAGUACCAUUUAUGCCACCAAUUCGGAAGUCCUUGGGUUCCCACGCAACAGAACCAAGACUGGUUUGGCAGCAAUGGGGAAAAAUGCGGCAUCACUUUGCAGGUAAAAGAGGCUUCAUUCGAAGUAUGCUGACAACGGGAACUGCAUCAGCCAAGACACUGAAAUAAGGACUCUCCCGUACUGCAGGUGGCCCUGCCCUAAAUUCCAGAGAGUAACCUAUUAUUGUGUCCUACCUUCAACCACCCUACUCCUGACUCUAACCCCAACCGUAACAUAACCCUAAACCUAACCUUUCUGGAUUUUAGCGCCAGACCACCUGUAAUAAGAGGGAUCCAUAUUCCUGCGCCCGGAAGCCUAGUUUGGCGGACGUUAAGAGAGGCGCAAAAUAAUCGGCCGACUUGCGAACGGAAGAAAUUCAGUAAUUAAUAGACCGUGUGGACACGAGGAACCUCUUCGCGAGUCGAAGGGACUACAUGGCUGAUUAACUUCGGCGAUACAAUUUUACUGUUGGCGAAAUUUCAGAUUAUGGGGCUCUGGGUCGAGCGAUUUGAGCGCAUCAUCAACCGUCCAUCGGGGGUCUGUGCGAACUUUUCAACAAACUUCUUCAAGUGAGGGCAAACGCGGACUUCGAAAGUCCACCCUCCCUUCACGACACAAUCAAAACGAUACGAUGAAUAUCCAGCGGAAACGUACCGCCUGCAGACUCAAAUCUAACCAAAAUGUACAAAAUCGAUGACUCUCAACUCAUGAACAACUUUAGUGCACUGUUACAAGAUAUAGGAGGAAAAGUACAAGUCCCGUGAAACUUCAAAAAAUAACCAUAUUUCACCAAAACAAACGCAUGGGAAACCAGCAAAUCUGCGGCAGCUAUAGCGAGGACCCCUUCACAUUAUUGCUGACAACAUAUUUCCUGUCCUAUUUAAAUUUCUAAAAGAACUUCUGCAACAACGACUUCCACUCGGAAACCUUUGCGGAAUUUUUGGGACGGGGGAUCUAUCGUCUUAAUUUUCAAGGCCAGCCAACUGCAAAAGAAAUUAAAUAAAAUAAGGACACGCCUCUACACUCCACCGUUUAUCUGGCGAAGGUCUUCAAUACCAUGAACCAAGAUGUGGUAUGGAAAAUCAUGCUGAAGUUCGGACUUCCGGAACGACUCAUGUAGACAGUCGGGCAAUGCACAACGGCGUGAUGGCACGCCCUACAAACGAUGAGUUAGCAUCUGAAGUGUUUCCGGUGACAAGUUUGGUAAGGCAGGGCUAUGUGCCUACCUCAACCGUCUUCAACUUCGUUUUUCCGUCUACCGUGACGUUUGCCUGGCAUCAGCAUUAACUACCAAAAUAAUGAACAGCUGCCUAGCAUCGGCGUAUUCGGACAAGAAACAAAUUGUUCAGGGUUAAUGUUUACGACCUACUGUUCGCGGAUGACUGCGUACUGAACACAAUAUUGUCACGGCUUUACUGUGUCGUUAUAAAUUCAAGCGCCUCCAACUCAUUAUUGUAGGAGGGAUGUUGAUUUGAUCUGAGAAAUAAUUCCCUAGGAUAGACCUAACUACCCCCUUCCUACAUACCAAUUUAUUGGCUGAGUUUGCUGGUCAACUGGCGAAAGUAGGCGUCGUGGCUGAUAUGGCAUACAGGCCAAUGUCUAACGCGUGUCACCGCCGUACUAUCAGACCUCAUCAAAAACACAGUUCACACACAAACAAUACAUGUCCAUUCUAAUAUACGGCAUCUUGCCCGUAAUAACGACGUUGACAAACUGUAUCGCAUAUCAGUUGAGUGAGCGGUCAAAAAGAUAGUGGUGUGUAAAAGCGUCCGGGGAGGAAAAACGCCGCUUAGGAGUGGCCGGUGGUUCCAUGAGCCCGUGAAUGUGGUGGUUGCCCCGUGCAGCAUUUAGAAUGCACCCAACUCUUACAUGUGGAUCCCCGGCUCCAGGCCAUGCCUAGCGACCGCAGACCUGUAACCAUCCCAAUCGGUGAGCUAGACCAUAUGACGGAAUCCGGUAUGUGUGUCCUGACACAGGACGGAAUUCGGCAGACGCUUAGGGUGUUUAAGAAGCUCUAUAUAGGGACGGCGCUGCUUACGCCCUUAGGGGAGGGCAUAGCAGAAGAUGCCCUAACUAAAUGCUGGGGAAUCACGCCAUUCAUCAACUAUCAGUGGCCUGUGGACGCAAAACCGGCUUUGCCCAUCCGGCAGCCUGGAAUAUUCGUCCUCUUGUAGAGAAUCCGCAGAACAACCGAUCGCAAAGGAGGACGGCGCAAGCCGCUCGAAAAUUGGCGUGCAACAAGGUGGACAUAGUCGCCCUCAGUAAGACCCGACUCUUCAAACAGUGUCAGCUGAAGGAGGCGAGUGCCAGCUACGAAUUCCUCUGGGACAGCCGUCCAAAGGCUGAGUGGCGUGACGCUGGCGUCGACUUCACCAUUCGGAACGACAUUGUGGGACGACUGUCCUGUCUACCACAGGACAUUAACGAACGUCUAAUGAUCCUAUGUUUGCCUCUUUGGGAAACAUAA